AAAAAAAAAAAAAGCGGUUUUGUUGCUGACGAAACUUAUAACCUUACAAGUUUACAAAUUACAAUAUGCACCUUCUCGCUUACACGGCCCAAGAUCUAGGGUCGUUUUACACACGGGUGAUUGCAGCUACAUAUCUGGUAAGGUACCUGGGCAGUGAAACUACACCGAACACUGCCUAGUGUUGCUCUAUAUAUUCUAUAUUCCUGCCUAUCUGGGAUUCACAGCCCGACAUCGUCCUCAACUUGCCCCUGUCAAAUAACCGUUGAGCCGUUGAGUAUCAACCUUGGCAAGGAGUACUAUGUUAGAGGAUGGGAGGUAACUUUGGCGUUUUCUAUGACGUUAGGGGAUCUCCCUAAAAUAGUUCAAUUGGUGUCACACGGACAUUCGAUGCACACAGCCCGGGACGGGGACGCGGCAACCCUCAUUUCCAUCUUGGAGGCAGCAAACGCCUCGAAUAUUUAACUCAUCCAAUCUUAUUAUUUACUUUACGCACGUCCCUAGGUUCUUAGGAGCAAGUCAUAUCUCGUAAAAUAUAUACUUGGAUUGUGUUCUGUUAUAGACACUCGGAUCGACUCCCAGAUGGCCACCAAUGGUAAUAACACACUGCCUACCAACUCGAGGAUAAAUGGAAAUGGCGAUGAGGAGCGGCAGCCUCUCCUUAACAGUAGUUAUGUGACGUUCAAAUCAGCGAGAUGGCGAAAGAGCUUGACGACGGACGUUCGCCGCGACUGGGCCGACCUAGUCCUGCUCGCCUGCUAUAUCAUUACUGGCAUGCUUGAUAGCGCAUCGAUAUCCACCUGGGGUUCGUUCGUGUCGAUGCAGACAGGAAACACGGUGUAUUUUGGCCUCGGCAUUGCCGCACCGCACGAGUCGACGCGGUGGAUCAAGUCGGGGACCUCACUCGGCUGCUUCUGCAUCGGGUCCGUCUUCUUUAGCUCCUUCCACCGGAUGCUAUCGCCGUCGCCUAAGCGGCGUUGGGUGCUCUGCGCGUCCUUCACCAUCCAGAUGCUGUUUGUUGCCGGUGCUGCGGCGAUUCUUACCUUCGGGCCCCAGUCCGACCGUGAGUCUAAGAAGGAGGCCAUCGACUGGCCAGUGCUUGUCCCAAUUGCCCUGAUCGCUUUUCAAAGCUGUGGUCAGGCGGUCGCCAGUCGUGCGCUCAAGUACAACGCGCUUACUAGCGUUGUCCUGACCAGCAUUUACUGCGACUUGUUCUCCGAUGCUGCGCUGCUCGCGCCGCAUAAUCCUGAGCGCAACCGUAGAGUCGGCGCCCCUGUUUUGCUUCUCAUCGGUGCUGUGCUUGGUGGGCUACUGGCUAGGAGCACAGUUGGUACUGCCGGUGUACUUUGGAUUGCUGCGGCUUUGAAGCUGCUUGUCGUUGUGUCGUGGCUACUAUGGCCAGCGGAGAAGGAAUAACAGUCGCGCAUGCAUGAUAUUCCUAGAUACACGUCGUAAAGACUUAGAUAUAGACUGCGAGAUUUGUUAGUAAAUGCUUCCGAACUGUUGGGUAAUGCAUAUUUUCAAUCUGUCACCUAGAUGGGCGAAUAAAUAGGUAGAUAAACAUCAAUAGAUUCGGCUUCUAAAUUCAACA